GUGAAGAUAGUGGAGACCAUGAUUUUGUAUUUGAUGAGACAAAUAGAAAAUAGGUGAGCUAAAAUAAGCUAUCGUAGUGGAAGUUUGUCAAGGCAUUUGGACCAUCAUAGACUAUGGGAUCCCAAUGAAUUUGCUGUUUCCUGCUUCAAAAUCAUCAUGUAUUCUAUACAGGCACAAUAUUCCCAUCAUGUAAUACAAGAAAUUCUUGGACACCUUGAUGUUCGCAAAAGAGACUCACCACGAGUUCGUGCUGGUAUUAUUCAGGUUCUUUUGGAAGCAGUUGCAGUAGCAGCUAAAGGAUCAAUAGGCCCAACAGUUCUGGAGGUUUUUAAUACCUUGUUGAAGCACUUGCGCAUCAGUGUUGACUUUGAGCUGAGCGACAGGCGCAGUUCAGCGGGAAGUGCCACUUUCAGCACAAGCUCCAAGGAGAGCGAUGAGAGGAUUGUCCAGAACGCUAUUAUUCAAACCAUUGGUUUUUUUGGAAGCAAUCUCCCAGAUUACCAGAGAUCAGAGAUUAUGAUGUUCAUCAUGGGAAAAGUACCUGUGUUGGGAACAACUUCACAAUCACUGGAUACCAGUCACCUUGGAGAUUUGGGAACUAGGAGGAUUCAAAUCAUGUUAUUGAGAUCUUUGCUUAUGGUGACUUCAGGAUACAAAGCAACAACGAUAACUAAUGCACUUCCUCCCCCGUUUCUGGACCCGUUAUUGUCGCCUUCACUCAUGGAAGACUCGGAGCUAAGGCAGCUGGUCUUGGAAAUACUGCAUAAUCUUAUCGAUCGGCAUGACAACAGAGCAAAGCUCAGAGGGAUACGAAUAAUACCAGAUGUUUCUGAUCUAAAGAUAAAACGAGACAAAAUCUCAAGGCAAGACGUGAGCUUCAUGAAAAAGCAUGGUCAGCAGUUGUAUAGACACAUCUACUUAGGCUGUAAAGAAGAAGACAAUGUCCAAAAAAACUUUGAACUACUGUUUACAUCUCUAGCUCUUACCACGAUUGAACUAGCCAAUGAAGAAGUGGUCAUUGACCUCAUUCGAUUAGCUAUUGCUUUGCAGGACAUUGCCAUCAUCAAUGAGGAUAAUCUGCCAAUGUUUAAUCGUUGUGGUGUCAUGGCAUUGGUUGCAGCGUAUCUAAACUUUCUGAGUCAGAUGAUUGCAGUUCCUGCCUUUUGUCAGCAUGUCAGCAAGGUCAUUGAAACUAGAAGUCUGGAAGCAUCUUAUUUUCUACCAGAAACAAUUUUCAAAGACAAAUGCAAUCUUCCAAAAUCCUUAGAGAAGCAUGAAAAAAAUUUAUUUUUCCUGACAAACAAGAUUGCAGAAUCAUUAGGAGGCAGUGGAUACAGUGUGGAAAGAUUGUCAGUUCCAUAUGUACCCCAGGUAACAGAUGAGGACAGACUCUCCAGGAGGAAGAGCAUUGUGGAUACGGUAUCUAUUCAGGUGGAUAUUCUGCCUGGCAACAAUACAGAGGAUAAGGUUGAUAAUACUGAAGAAAUCACUUUUGAAGCUUUGAAGAAAGCAAUUGAUAACAAUGGACUUGAAGAACAGGAAAAAGAAAAAAGGCGUCUUGUGAUUGAAAAGUUCCAAAAAGCACCGUUUGAAGAAAUUGCAGCACAAUGUGAAACCAAAGCAAACUUGCUUCAUGAUAGACUUGCACAGAUACUGGAACUCACCAUUCGUCCUCCGCCUAGCCCCUCAGGAACGAUGACCAUUACUGCUGGACAUCCUCAUUACCAAUCCGUUCCAGUCUAUGAGAUGAAGUUUCCAGAUCUUUGUGUGUAUUAAGUGUCUUCUGAAGUCUGCUGGACAUUAUUUAGAAUAGAGUACAAUAGAAAGAACAAGAUGAGUUUUCAAAUUUU